AAUCGCUGCCGCUACAGAAGGAAGCCACAGAAAGGAGACAGCCAAAGACGGCGGCAAGAGGAGAGCUGUUGGUUUUGAGGCGAAUAAGAGCGGGAUCUUGCCGGGAUCUAUGUCGGAGCAAGCUGCAGUCAAGAAGUCCAGCCGGCGCGGCACUUCUCUGGAUGAGAUGUGUGCAAGAGCCAACAGCGAGAGGAGAGGGACGUUGCUUGCUUGCGCGUGGUGGCUGCAUCGCGAGCGGACCUGUAGUGAGGCUCAGAUGGUGCGGCUUGCUCGGGAUGGUUUCGGGCUGAUGUGCACGAGAGAAGACGGCUCGACUACCAGCCACUUCCUCGCACUUCCCGAGAAACUGGAAGACACGGCUACUUAUGCGGACCUGGAGCGGCAGCUGGACACCUUGUGGGCAUCAUGCAGCUGCUUCUCGUUCCCGAAGGGUGUGGCAGUGUUCUUUCUGCUCUUCACAACUGCAAUGCUGCUGAUAGCAGUUGUGGAUUUCGUGUGGAUUGGCGAGCGCAAGAGGGUUUCGUUCGGUCCAACCAAGACGAUCCUGCGCACAUUUGGCCCGCGCCCUGACCUCAUCCUGUCUAUUCUCUGCCUGAGCAACCUCCUGACCGCCUGUCUUGCCUACUUCUUCGCGGUGAAGCUGAGACUGUCGCUAGCGGCCCGUCUGUCGUGGUGCCUAGGAGGGCUCUUUCUUGGCUAUCCAGUCAUCACACGCUUGCUGAUCCUGAAGCACCAAGUGAGAACGGGGGACCGACUUGACACGACCAUGGGAAACCGGCGUGUGUGCUCUUCAUUGUGUGACGCAUUUGGACAGGUCGAUCGCAACCCAGCUUACAAAACACCGAGUGUGACAACUCUUGCAAUCCUGGUGAGAUAGAUGGCUGCUAAGCGAAAUGCAUCGAAUCAUGUUUCAGAUGUGUGUGUUUUGUUCACUCUCAGGUUGCUUUGGCUGCGGCCGUUGUUGCCCUCGUGUUUGCCCUGCCGCCAGAGAUGAAGGCUCAACUCAUGAUGCGCCUCGGUGCGAUGUGGGACACGAUUGUGGGCAAUGCAGUGCAAAGGCACAACGACACGGCCACCGAUCCCACGCACACAUCGGAACUGUAGAGAGAGAGAGAGAGAGAGAGAGAGAGGGGAGGGGUGUGCAUAGAAUUAGCUGACUGGCUGCGAUGCCUUCCUUUUUGAGGCAAGACUGGCUGAUUGCUUGCUUGUCACGUGCUCCACACACUGACCUUGCGAGAUAACGUGGCGAUUGUGUGUGUGUUGAUUCCAUCUGUCGACCGGCGAGCUACGGGUCAGGACCAGUGAGAGUGUGCAAAGAGUCGCUGUGCACUCACUCGUCAUUUUGACAGGGGCUUGGCCGGUCGAGAGAUGAAUCUGAUGCACACACACACAUCACAGUGGUCGCGAAUGAAUGCUGUUCUCCUUAUGGCGGGCGAUGCGUGCGGUGUAUAGGCAAAGACGAUGUCAAUUCCGAUUGGUAUCUGUCAGUUGAUUGUACAAUGGUGCCCUUUAGGCUGAGGACAGUACACGUACUUUGACCCAGGUAUGAAAAAUGAAGUAUGG